GCUGGCCAUGGGCUCCAACGUGCUGCUGGCCGUCAGAAACCUGGCCAUCAAGGGACUGCACUCUGGACAACUAAACCUUGGCCCUCGCCGUCUCAGCUGGUCUGUUGGUGGUGUCCUAGUGGGAAUGUCAGUACUAGUGCUGACUGCUGUCUGGUGGCUUGAGAUCGUGGACAUCGUGUCACGGAGGUCAACUCUGGCUGUGACGUCACUGCUGCUGUCGGGGGUGUUUCACGUCACGUACUCGCUGAUCAGCACGAGCGUGAUCCUGCGCGCGUUGGACGUGGUCAGUCACUCCAUGGCCAACGUCAUCAAGCGCGUGCUGGUGGUGGCGCUGCUGUACGUCAGCGGGUCACGCAGUGCAUCUGGCGCCAACGUUGCGGGUCUGAUGGUGACUAUUGCUGGUCUGGCUGUGUACGUCAGAGAUAAAACUCACUCCAAAACAAACACGUGUACUGAAAGGAUUACCUUUAAAGGGGGAGCAAGCAGCCAGUGCAGACAUCUAACCAAGGUGCUGUUUUUCACGUGUCCCAUACUUCUUAUUGGCUGGCACCUUUCUGGUAUCAUCAUGUAUGAUAUCGACAACAUGGCGCCGGCAAGUCCUUACGGGCUUCGAUGGCCAGGACGCCCACACAACUUCAUGCUGCUGUCUCAGUGGGCCGACUUCCUGUCUUUGGACUACACCCGCCAUCCCUUCGACACGGACCGCCUGGCUCCUACCCUGCACACCAACGACGAGGUGGUGUGGGAGAUGCAGCGCCUGCACGUGCGGGUUCUGACGUCACUGCUAGCGGGUCGACGUCACGCCAUGCUGAUGGACUUCGUCACUCACGAGAACAAAGGCGACGCCGCCAUCACAGCGGGACAGGUGGCCUUGUUGAAGCGGCUCAACGUGACUAUAGUGUUCAGCUGUUCCACUUAUCUCUGUGACGAUGGCAUUCUAAAAAAUGCAAGGGAGAUAAGUAAAGGUUACAACUCAACAUCGCUUAUUAUUCUAUUGCAAGGUGGCGGUAACCUGGUCGGCUACUCAUCCAUAGACUUUACUAGGGAAAAAAUCUUGAAUCUUUUUCCAGAUUUUCCGACUCUGUUGUUUUCUCAAAGCAUCUGGUUACACAAAGGAAAUCAAGCUCAUCUAAAUAAGUGUCGUGAGAUUUACUCCCACAGGGAGAACCUGACCAUCUUCUUGCGGGACAGACAGUCGCUGGGUCUGGCGCAGAAACAUUUUCCAGGGACGAAACUCAUGCUGAUGCCUGACAUGGCGUUUGGCCUGGGGCGUGUCCCGCGCACCAUGCCGCCUACCCUCGACAUUGUGUGGCUUAAAAGACGUGAUCUGGAGACUUCAUGGUAUAAAGUACCCGAGAUACCUACUAACCUCAGUGUUUAUGUCGGCGACUGGAAAGCAUGGUGGACAAACAAGGGCAAAACACCCAUGGAAACAUCAUUUCUGAUGACCUUUAACGGGUUGUCGUUCUUACAGCGUGGGCGCGUGGUGAUCACUGACCGACUACACGGCCACAUCCUGUCCGUGCUGCUGGGAAUCCCUCACGUGCUCAUCGACAACCCUCCCUACUUCAAACUCUCCUCCUUCCGUCGCACGUGGACGGCGGGGUUAUCCAACACGGUGCUGGUCACCACAGGGGAGGAGGCUCUGGACCAGGCACAAAAACUGCUGAAGAAGUACAAUAAUUAUCUUCCUAAUGUUGUACGUCCUUAACAGCUAGAUGUAAAUUACUGGACAUAUUUAAACACAUCGUACACCUGGUUGCGGGACGAACGUUUUUAUUUAAGUCUGAUAACCUUUUAUUGGUUACUUUUAUUUAGUAGAAAACUAAACUUUUUUUUAGUAAUUUUAUGUACAGAAAAUCAUACAUUAAAAAAAAAAAUAAACUAAAAACAAACCAAGGCUUAGCAGAUUUUC